UGGUUGAUAGCGAGAUAGCGAGUCUGUAUUUCGUUAAUGUUAAUAUAACUAAGAAAUUGAAAAAUAUUUACAAUGGCUACUGUUGUAAAAACGAAGGAUAUCAAACCGGAGCCCAUAGCGUACAGUGAAGCAGCGCUCAGGAAUAAUGGUGCUGUUAUUGAGUAUUGCAGAACUUCGAUGGCUGCCCUUUCGGGCUCUACAGCGGGAGUCCUCGGGCUGACCAGCCUCUACGGUUUCAUGUUCUACGUGCUCUCCGUAGUGGUCCUCUUCGUCAUGUUCAUGGUGAAGACGGGCCCCAGCUGGCACAAGUACCACAUCUCCCGGCAGGCGCUGCUUACGAACAGCUUCUUCGCAUCCCUGUGCACUUACGUACUGUUCUGGACCUUUAUUUAUGGGAUGGUUCAUGUUUAUUAAUGAAGUAUAAUGUUAAGAUAGGAGACAAGAUUCGGUGUAUUAAACAAAUAAAAUCAAACAAAGAUUUGUGAUACUGCACUACACAUAACUUCGACCCUGUAAAGUCAGCAUAAAAAGUUCAAGUUCAAUUAUUUAUUAAAGUAGCAUUUCAGUUGGCCAUUGAUUUCAGACCAUAAAAAAAACAUAAUAAU